AUGGCACUGUUCAUUGCGAGUUCGAUUCUCUGGGCUCUGAUAUGGCUUACAUACCGCGCAUAUCAAGUUUGCCUGACACCGAACGAGCUUCUUGUCGAAAAGCUCGGCCUGGACAUUCCCCCAACUCCUGAGGUGAUUUUGGAAGAGAUAGGAACGCGGGAUAUACGAAUAGCCUGGAAAUACCCGGAGCUUCAAAAUUCAGUCCAUAAGCAUGCGGUCCAGGUAAAUGGUCUUAGGGUUGGCGAGACAAAGCGUUCCGAGACGGCCGUUUCCAUUUUCAACCUCCAACCUAGUCAUAUCUACCAUAUAUGCGUGAUUGCGAUUAGCUCGGCCAAUUUCCAAACUUGCAGCGCUAUUCUACAUAUCCGUACAGGCCGAGGGUCAUUUUCACCGGAACAGAAUGAUGAAGAUUGUGGGCCUCCUCUUAUUCAGGCCUACGUUCCCAAGGCCGCCACGAUCGUCUCACCUUCUGCGCCUGUCAUGUCCAGAGAACAUAGUGGCGGAGCAACGCCUGCAAAACGUUCUGGCGGAGGAAGAAGGUCGAUUGGAUCAGCUUCAGCUCAGGAACACACCGUUCCGCAAACUCUAGACGAUGAAGAGGCUGCAGGAAAUGAAUCUGAAGGAUCUUUAAAGCAACUGGCUGAGCGACUGAAAUACCUCCAACAAGAGAAUGAGGCCCUUGACAGGCAACUAUCGCAGGAAGACAAAGAAUACGAACAGCUACUGCGUGAACUAGAAGACCAAAGAAACGAUUUAAAGCAACGAGUAAAGGAGAAGGAUGACGCGAGUGGGGAUCUACGGAAACAUAUCAAUAAGCUAGAAAGCGUCAAUCGGACAGCCCAGAGCGAGAAAAUUAAACGGGAAAAACUUCUGCAACAAAAGGAAGCGGAACGGAAGAAGCGAAGUGAAGAUAUAGUAAGAUGGGAUGAGAAAGCAAUCGAGAUAAAGGAUGAACUUACCAGUCUCCAGGAAGAGAAGGCUCGCAUUGAUGAGGAAUCUACGAACAAAAUGGAGGAGUACCGGCGCAAGAUUGCAGAGGAACAAGGUGAAAUGAAGCAGAUCGAUGAAGACAUCAAAAUCAAGGGUAGCAGCAUUAAGGCUCUGGAGGAGGAGAGGCGUCGACCUGAGGGAGACGACAACGAGGACAGCAGGGAAUUGGAACGGAUGGAGAGAGAACGUGAACAUUUCUGGGAUGGGAAGAUGGCCGGCCUUCGCACCCAGUAUGCCUCUCUCAUGAAUGUUCACUCCCAGGCACAACAGCAGUACUAUGAAGCUCAAGACAGGUUGCAGUGGACGAAUGCUCAGUGGUCUACUCAAUCUGGGCCGUUUGGUCCCGUUGCUACACCCGAGCUAGGGCUCAACAGAAGAACAAGCAGCCGCAGACGUAAUCGCCAUCGAGGUUCACUUAAUAGCAAUAUGUCAUCACCCGUGAGCUUUCCUCUGGUUGAUACUGCAUUCCCAAACUCGAACUACGGCCAGGUUGGCAAUAAUUCACCAACUUUCACAUCUGGCCCUGCGUUUUUCAAUAUCAAUAAUGGAAUGACGAUCCCCGAUCCUACUGAUGAAACCAGUCCACUUCGCACUGACAUUGAAAACCCACCCAUGAGCCCCCGAGCCGAUGCCUUACUGCCGUCCGACCUCCUCGGAGACGAGGAACAGAGUAUUGGUGAAGAGCCAGAAAUUACCCCAUUCCCUACUUCUGGAGCGCCCGCUGCUCCAUUUGAAGGUCUCCUACCUAACUCACCAUCCCCACCUUCGUCUGGAAGUGAUCCCACAAGCAUAUUUGCUAGCCCUCAUGGCAGUUCAAAUAACCUUCAUGAUUCUGAUCGUAAUUCAGGUCAAGGCGUGAUAUCCGGGUCCCAACCCCCUCCCAAUGGAGCACAGAGUGCAUCUCGAAGGCUAUCAGGACUGUUUGGCUUUAAUCGCCAGAGAGGUAAGACCAUGGCCGAUGGACCCCCGUUACUUGGAACUCUUAAGCCAGGCCAGAGUCAAUCAUUCCCAAGAAACUUAGACGAAGACCUUGACCCAAUAGGUACGAGACGCCGUCGUUUGAGCUACACCACAAACUGGGCGAAUCCAAUGACCACCCUCUUCCCACGUAACAAUACAUCACAUCUCACGGGUGACAGCUCGUCAGAUCGUAUUCCUGCUGGGAGACGGGCAAUGUUCCCAAGUUUCUUUACAUCAGGAAGACACGGGUCUGGUGUUCCUACUGACCAUAGCCAACCCCCACUUAAUUCUCCGGAUGCGAGCAAAGGGUAUAAUCAAUUUAGCCCUCGUCACGAUCCAAUCGACCCCUCGAUCCUUGGGACCGUACGACGAAAUUCACUCUCUCCCAGACCUUCAUCAACAUAUUCAUUUGAAAACGCACUGCCCCGGCCAACCAUGGAAAACCAACCGUUCGGAUGGCCCUCAUUCGACAAAGCAGGCAGUUCUGGGCAUGACUGGAUAUCCCCGACUGCGUGGUCACGGAACCAGUCUCGCCGUCCUUCGAUUCAGGUAGGUUCGACAGGCCACCUGCCCCUCGGAUUACCUACUGAACUAGAAUACCACGAAGCCCCGUAUGAACCACAAAGACCAAUCCAAGCCCCCAUUGGAACUCGACCUCCAUCCUCUCAUCGCCCUGUCACACCAAAACUGAACCCGGCAGCACCCUCCUUUACAACCCUUUUUAGUAAGAAACUAGAUAGGCCCAAAUCAAAGGAUUCAGAUCCCCCAAAAUCCCGUGGAAAUGAAUCUACCCAAGACGAAAUGUCUCCGCCCGCAUCUCGUCGUUCCAAGGACUCUCGAUCAAUUCGAACCACUACCACUGAGUCGCACGAAUCUCUAGAGCAAGUACCUUCUUCCACACCGUCAGAAUCAGUCAGCACAAAGGAAUCAUUUAUCCAGAAACUUACACGCAAAGGAAGCUCAAGCAAGUUUAACAUGCCCUGGAAAGAUCGGGGCAGCCUCUUUUCCAAGAAGGGAGACUCGUCAGGACAAAAUGAAAUUGAUGGUGACGGAAGUAGUGAGAUGCAGCUUGGGAAAAGCAACGAAAGUGCAAUCUCACUUUCCGGCGACAAACCCGGGGAUAAAACUAGCAAGGGAAGUCUUGGGUUCGGGUUUAUACGGAAAUCGAAGAAGGCGGAUAAAGCACCAAGUGAAUCUAGUGGGAUAGCAAGCGAGGCUGGAGACGAGUCCAUGUCGGAGGAUACAUGA